AUGACGUCGCCUGCCAACCAGCAGAAUCCCAUUCAGGCGAACAACACCCCCGCGACUACGGCUUCUUCGUAUGCCUCUGCUGCAGGUGCGCCUAAGAAGUCAGCCCAGGCCCCUAUAGUCGCAACUGGAUCCCACCCUCCCGCGGUGGUUGGAGUUUCGUCUUCGCAGAAUGCGAAAGACGCCUCAUCGUCUCCUGUGAACGGCAAACCCGCCGUCACCCCCGCUGUCCCUGCUGUUACUCGCAGCAGCGCUAACCUCAACGGUCCCGAUCAUUCUCGUAAGAGCUCCGUUACCAUGGCUGCCAACGGCCCGAACAGUUUUGUCGCCAACGGUGGCCCGGUCACUGCUGGCAAGCCUGGCAUCCAGUUCGGUUACGACUCUCCCGCAAUGACCAACAGCACACCUCAGGCCUCCAGUGCUGCGCCCAUUCCUAUUCCUGGUGGUGGAAAUGCCCGAGUUCCCUCUCCUGCUCACUCACCUUCACCUAUUCCUCAGCCUUCAGCCAGUGGCGGUCGACCUCCUUCUGGUCUCCAACAGGCAGGAGGCAAUACAAUGACAUUUGGCAGUCUCGGCAGCGAUGGCGAACGCCACAUGAGGCAGGGCUCUACUCCAACGAACCCCAAUGCACAGCCUGGAGCUCACUUCCGACGUGAAUCUGGCCACUCGGCUCAAGGUGACGGCGCUGGUCGAGGUAAUUUCCCGCCACAGGGCGGUCGUGGCCGCGGAUUCAAUCCCCAUGGCGGCAACUACAGCUCGCAAAUGGGAUUCCCUCCCACCAACCAGUUCCGUAACGGCCCUGGUCAGGGUCGUGGCAUGCCCCCAGCUUUCCAGCCUCAGGGCCGCAACCUUCAGUACCCGAACUCUCCUCAGCCUGCCCGAAGCCCGGCUCUCGUCCCCUCGCUUCCGGGUACACCUAACAUGCAGCCUGCCACCAUGCAGCCUGGCAUGACGCCUCAAUACCAUUACCAACCUCCCAUGCCUCAACAGCAUCAACAAGUACAGUACCCCCUUUCCCAAGUUGAUAAGCCUUUGUCGAAAAACAGCAAAAAGAAUAAGGGGAAGCGUGGCGACCUGGAAAAGUCGGUCCAGGUCAACCACUCACAAGAGUUGUCACGAGAUCUGCAUGGGAACGAGUUCAACCAACGUCGGCGUUUCAGUAAACGUUCAGAUCAACCAUGGCGAGGACCAGAUACCAGCAGCUCGCGUAACUACGGUUAUCCUCCCCCGCAGGUGGAUGGUUUCGGACGCCCACUGUCGAUGCAAUACAAUUAUGCCAAUAUGCCAUAUAUGGCUGUUCCUCCCCAGGCUAACUCCCCUAGUUACGGACAGAACUACGUCACUCCCUACACACAGCAUGGCCACAACAUGUCACGAACACCAUCCCAGCCUGAGAGGCCACCGAGCGCCAGCCAGCCAAAUGCUCCGGUCGUGGUAUCAUCUACUCCCCAGCCCCAGAACUCGUCAUUGAAGCCCACCGCAAACAGCUUCGUCAAGGUGCCUAAGAAGAGCGCCGCUAUCCAGAUCAAGAACGCUGCUGGUGAAGUCAUUGACACCUCGUCCUUCAAAACUCCAUCAUCUCCCGCUCCCAGCAUCCAGCAAUCCAAGACUCCUCCCGUGAUUGCUUCGUCUACUUCCCCUCCAAAGCCAUCAACCCCAUCUCAUGGCCGCACUGAUAGUCAUGCUGCCACCAAGACUGCUAAGCAGAUUCAGGAUGAGCUUAAGGAGAAAAUCAAGCAAGCCACGCAGGCGCCGCCCAAGGAGGAUAAGCCAAAGCCUGUUGAGCCUGCAGCUAAAACCGAAGACAAGCCUGCUGAGCAAUCUGAGGCCAAGCUCUCCGAGACCAAGGCCGAGCCUGCACCCUCUACUAAGGCUGAACCUGAAAGCAAGCCCGAACCUGAGGUCAAGGCCCCUGAAGACACUCUCAAGAUUGAGGAGCCCAAGAAGGAGGCCGAGAAGCCCGCCGAGCCUGCCAACAAGGAGGAAACUGAGGAUGAAGAGAUAGAGCGUAUGAUCCGCGAGAUGGAGGAGGAGGAUGCUCGCCGUGAGAAGGCCGAGGAAGAGCAUCGUCAAAAGGUCGAGGCCCAGAAGGCCAUUGCCAAGGAACAAGCCGAAAAGGACCGUGUCAAGAACGCUGCAGAGGAGGACCGCAAACUCCGAGAACAAGAGCGCGAGAUGGAGCGUCUCGAGGAGGAGAAGGAGAAGCGACGCCAGCAGGCCGGCUCAUCUGCUCCUUCAGUCGCCGAACUUCUCUCCCAGGCUCGAAGCGGCAAGGACACUGAGCCUGCUAAGGUCGAGUCUGUUACCGACAAGCUUGCUAGCAUGAAGAUUGGAGGCGACAAGCCUGCCGACUCUGCUGCGCCCAAGCACGAGAAGCGCGGUGCGAAGCCUGCUGCUCUCAACUUGGCCCCUCUUAACACCAAGCCUGUUGAGCCCGCUCAACCUAGCGCCGCCCUGCAAUCGCUCAAGUCUGCCCGUUUCCUGAAGGUCAUCGAGCAAGAUAUCUACCCUGCUGGCAUCAAGUCGCCCAAUCCUGCUCUUAAUGCAGCGGUCCAGAAGAAGGGCAAGACAUUCAAGUAUGAUGCCAACUUCUUGUUGCAGUUCCAAAAGGUCUUUACCGAGCAGCCUUCUCUCGAAUUCGGCCAGCAAGUCAAGUCUCUUAUCGGGGAUGACCGUUCAAGAACCAAUACUCCUGGCGGCUCUGGCCGAGGCUCUCGUGGCCCCAGCUCAGGUAUCGGCAGUGGAUUUCCCAUGGGUAGCUUCAACGCCCCUACCGCUUCCCGGCCUCUUCCUAGUAACAGUACCUCUGAACUCCGUUUCGCCCUUUCCAACCAGCAGCGACCUGGUAUUGGUUCCAUGGGCCGUGGUCCCAGCAAUUUCCCUACAAGCGGCUCCUCCCGCGGCCCCUCUCAACUUCCUAACUCUCCCCGAGGGUCUCGUCGUCGUGGCGGCGGCAGCCAGCGUGGCGAAGGCGUCAGGGAAGCUCAGGCUGCUAAGACCAUGCCUUUGACUGCUGGCCAGGAGCUUAAGCCCAUUGCCCAGACCGCCAAUGGUUGGAAGCCUACAAGUGUUGGCAGGAAUGCCAACCCAGCCGCUGCUAAUCCCUCUGGCCAUCUUGAGCCUGAUAUGGUUCAAAGAAAGGUCAAGGCGGCACUCAACAAGAUGACACCCGAGAAGUUCGACAGAAUUGCAGACCAGAUCCUGCUUAUUGCAUCUCAGUCCAAGGAUGAGUCCGACGGGCGUACACUUCGCCAAGUCAUCCAGCUCACCUUUGAGAAGGCCACCGAUGAGGCCCAUUGGGCUUCUAUGUAUGCCAAGUUCUGCAAACGUAUGCUCGAGACUAUGAGCCCCGACGUCCGUGAUGAGCGUAUCAAAGACAAGAAUGGUAACGUCGUCAGCGGUGGUAACUUGUUCCGCAAGUACCUUCUCAACAGAUGUCAGGAGGAGUUUGAGCGCGGUUGGACCGUUAAUUUACCUGACAAGCCUGAUGAGGAAGAAGACGCUGCGGGCAAGAAGACUGCUGAGGCUGCUCUCCUGUCCGAUGAGUACUAUGCUGCUGCUGCUGCCAAGCGACGUGGUCUUGGUCUAGUCCAGUUCAUUGGUGAACUCUACAAGCUCGGCAUGCUUACAGAACGUAUCAUGCACGAGUGUGUGCACAAACUCGUCGACUAUAAGGGAGUACCUGACGAGGCUGAAGUUGAGUCGCUUAGCAAGCUGCUCAGGACUAUUGGUGGCAACCUCGACAGCACUGAGAAGGGUCGACCCAUGAUGGACGCUUACUUCCAGCGCAUCCAGACCAUGAUGGAUCUUCCCGAGCUUCCCAGCCGACUUAAGUUCAUGCUCCUGGACGUUAUUGACCUGCGCAAGGCCGGAUGGCACUCCAAGGAGACCAACAAGGGACCCAAGACCCUCGAUGAAGUCCGAGCUGAGGCCGAGGCUGCCCAGGCUGCCAAAGCUCAGGAGGCUGCUCGCACUAAUCAGCGAGGUGGUGGUCGCCCUCCUGUCGGACGAGGCGACGCUCGCAACUUCUCGGCUGGUUACGCACAACAAACCAGCAAUCAGGUCGGAAUGGACGACCUGCGCCGCCUGAAGGGCUCUGCCAACCGAACCUCAAGCGGCAACAUCUCUCUUGGCCCUGCUUCCAUGCUCUCUUCUCGUAGUAACAGCGGAAGACGCAUGGGUCCCGGCGGCUACCUUGGUCCUCGCGGUGAGGACUCUGCUACUUCUUCACGAACUGGCACUCCUCCUACCCGCGAGAACACCUCUCACUCUAAUGCAUUCAGCCUCCUUGCCAACAUGGAGAAUGACCACCCGGCUUCGCCCCCGUCUACUUCUGCCUCCCCCGCGAUGUCGAAGGCUGUCCCUGACAGUGAUAAGAAAGAGAGCGAGUAA